GUGGGGCCUGUGGAGUUUUUUGUCUUUAAGGUACAGUCAUCCAUCUUACCAUUUAGAGCUCAUUGCUUCACUGCGACAUUAAUGGUACAGGACUCAAAUAAUGGAAAUUUAAGGUACAACUCUCCCACUGCAAGACAAUUUAGGGUGCAGCGCGCCACUAAAUCACCAUUCAGGGGACAUUUCACCACUAAAUCACCAUUAAGAGGACAUUUCACCACUACAUCUCCAUUCAGGGUAUAUUUCACAACAACAUCACAAAUUCAGGGUACAUUUCACCACUACAUCACCAUUUAGGGUAGAUUUCAUCACUACAUCACCAUUCGGGGUAUAUUUCACCAGUACAUCACCAUUUAGGAUACAGUGCUACCCUAUGUGACCAUUUAGGAUACAGUGCUCCCCUUUGUGACCAUUUAGGAUACAGUGUCUCACUACAUGACCAUUUAAAAUACAGUGCUCCACUACGUGACCAUUUAGCGUACAGUGUACCACUAUGUGACCAUUUAGGGUACAGUGCUCCACUACAUGACCAUUUAGCAUACAGUGCUCCACUAUGUGACCAUUUAGGGUACAGUGCUCCACUACAUGACCAUUUAGCAUACAGUGCUCCACUAUGUGACCAUUUAAAAUACAGUGCUCCACUACGUGACCAUUUAGCAUACAGUGCUCCACUAUGUGACCAUUUAGGGUACAGUGCUCCACUAUGUGACCAUUUAGGGUACAGUGCUCCACUACAUGACCAUUUAGCAUACAGUGCUCCACUAUGUGACCAUUUAAAAUACAGUGCUCCACUAUGUGACCAUUUAGCGUACAGUGCUCCACUACGUGACCAUUUAGGGUACAGUGCUCCACUACAUGACCAUUUAGGGUACAGUGUACCACUAUGUGACCAUUUAGGGUACAGUGCUCCACUACAUGACCAUUUAGCGUACAGUGCUCCACUAUGUGACCAUUUAGGGUACAGUGCUCCACUACAUGACCAUUUAGCAUACAGUGCUCCACUAUGUGACCAUUUAAAAUACAGUGCUCCACUACGUGACCAUUUAGCAUACAGUGCUCCACUACGUGACCAUUUAGGGUACAGUGCUCCACUAUGUGACCAUUUAGGGUACAGUGCUCCACUACGUGACCAUUUAGGGUACAGUGCUCCACUACAUGACCAUUUAGGGUACAGUGUACCACUACAUGACCAUUUAGCAUACAGUGCUCCACUAUGUGACCAUUUAGGAUACAGUGCUACCCUAUGUGACCAUUUAGGAUACAGUGCUCCCCUUUGUGACCAUUUAGGGUACAGUGCUCCACUACGUGACCAUUUAGGGUACAGUGCUCCACUACAUGACCAUUUAGCAUACAGUGCUCCACUAUGUGACCAUUUAGGGUACAGUGCUCCACUACGUGACCAUUUAGGGUACAGUGCUCCACUAUGUGACCAUUUAGGGUACAGUGCUCCACUAUGUGACCAUUUAGGGUACAGUGUACCACUAUGUGACCAUUUAAGGUACAGGACUCUCCACAGUUUGACCAUUUAGGGUACAGUGCUCUCCAGUGUGACCAUUUAGGGUACAGUGCUCCACACAGUGUGACCAUCAGAUGGCCCUAGCAAUGUUUCAAGUGUUACUCAAGUUCUCCAGAUUUUAACCCUGCAAUAGCUAGAAACUGUAAAAAUCAUUUGUUGAUUAUUGUGCCCCUUCUAAGAUGGCAACUGGUUCAGUUACAUCACCCUUAUGCUGUCUCUGGUGGCCUGUUUUGGUGCAAACAGUUGCUGAUAAUUGCUGAUGUUUCUUUGCUUCGACUGUAAUUGGACAUUAUUCAUGAUAAAAAAUUAUUGAGCUCAAAUGUAAUUCAAUGGUAUAAUAUUAUACUUAUAUAAGCAUAAAUAUAACUCAAUGUCCUUAAAUUGCAACAGAAUCUAGAUGCAAAUUUUAAGGCAUAAGUAGUUGUCAGAGCUAUUUUACUGGAGGCAUUCUUUUAUCUAUAGAGUUAAUGUAUUCAUCAAAUGUUUCCCGAGGAAGAAUGAUUGUUGCAGAAAUAACACUAGAAAUAAGUCAUUAGGAGAGAUCUUUAGCUCAUUAAUUAAUCAAUUUGAUUUAUGUCCAUUAAGUUUGUCAACAAGAAGUCUUUGAUGUUUCUAUCAUCCUGACCCUUUUUUUUGUCUCCAGUACUUCCCUGGCAAGUGUAAGUCCAUCACCAUAAGUAACUUGUAUGCGCAGAGCACUACUUUGGAACCCACACCAAACUACGACUCCCACAACAGCAGCGUGUCGCCAAAGCUUGGAGACACAAUUUUUACACAAAUGGCCAGAUCAAUGGUAAGUGGGCCCGGUUUAUACUAGUCAUACAUGUCUGUGGAUGUUGUACUGGGGUAAAAUGGUGACUCAAGUUCUUCCUAGUCAUAGAUGGUAGUGUUUAACUGGGAUGAAAAUGGUGGUUUUACAUGAGAUUUUCCUAGUCAUACACAUGGGAUGCCAAACCAACUACAAGAUUCACAUUUAGCCUCAACUGCAGAUGUGAUCAUUUAGUACAAAUAGUAGUUAUUAGUCCAAAUGCACUUUGAGCUACAAAAAAAGAUAAUACCAUAUGGAUACUAUAAUGAUAUAAUCAUUCUAAGUUAUACACGGCUGCCAUUUCUCUAACAAUACAUAUGUUAUAACUGUCAAGGUAUAGUUGAGAGUAUGCCAGUGUAAUUCAUGACUAAUCUAAUUUAAACCUCUUAUGCCGGCAUUUUUGUUCAGAACGUGCUGGAGCUCUCCCCUGCUGGAGCUCUCCCCUGCGUAGUACUGUUGCUCCUACCUUCUUGUUUGUUUCAGAUUUAUCUGUAUGAGUACACUGAAGAUUGUGUUCCUGCCAAUUACCCAAGACAAUGCUGUCCCUUUGCCAUUGUGAAAAUACAGAGAAAGAUGCC